AUAUUGUACUCUUUGAUAAAACCAUCAACAACCUUCUCUGUUGACCGUCAGAGAUCACGUGAUAGACACAAAAGCGUCACAUACAUUAGCCAAAUUAAUCGAAGGCCAACAGCACCAAGCUAACUGUCCCAUCCGAAAUCGUGGGGUGUUUAAUCACCAACUCAUAGAACAGACCGCUAUGGCAGAACCAGAUGUACAAUUUAAGCUAGUGUUGUGUGGAGAUGGAGGCACAGGAAAAACCACCUUCGUGAAGAGGCAUUUAACGGGAGAGUUUGAGAAGAAAUACGUUGCGACUCUGGGAGUAGAGGUGCACCCCUUGGUCUUCCACACCACUCGAGGGACCAUCAAGUACAACGUCUGGGACACAGCCGGCCAGGAGAAGUUUGGGGGGCUCAGAGAUGGCUACUACAUACAGGCCCAGUGUGCGAUCAUCAUGUUCGACGUGACAUCUCGCGUCACCUACAAGAACGUGCCCAACUGGCACCGUGACCUUGUGCGUGUCUGCGAGAACAUACCCAUAGUCCUGUGCGGCAACAAGGUGGACAUCAAGGACAGGAAGGUCAAAGCCAAGAGCAUCGUGUUCCACCGCAAGAAGAACCUUCAGUACUACGACAUUUCAGCCAAGAGUAACUACAACUUUGAGAAGCCCUUCCUGUGGCUGGCCAGGAAGCUGGUAGGAGACCCCAACUUGGAGUUUGUGGAGAUGCCUGCCCUCGCCCCCCCGGAGGUUGUCAUGGACGCCUCCCUGGCCGCGCAGUACGAGAACGACCUUAAAGUGGCCGCAGAAACAGCGCUCCCAGAUGAAGACGAUGACCUUUAACCUGUGACCUCUCUCUGGCCUCUUCAGUGUUCUGGGGGUGUGGCCUAUUGCUGACCUUGACCUUUAAUUGUACAAGCCCCCCCAAUGUUUUGUUUUUUUGUGUUUCAAACUGAAAAUGUGUCUCUGGUAGCGUGAAGAUUUUAGUAGAGACAAACAGGAGUAGAAUUUCACACUGGUCACAGUAGGCGUUACACACACACACAUACAAAUGAAAGACUUUGUUAACUCGCUGUACGAUACUGACUAAGGGUGAUAUGAAAUCACACUAAAUAAAAAGUAUUUGACUAUAAA